GAGAGAGAGACAGAGAGAGAGAGAGAGAGACAGAGAGAGACAGACAGAGACAGACAGAGACAGACAGAGACAGACAGAGACAGACAGAGAGACAGACAGACAGAGAGACAGACAGAGAGACAGACAGACAGACAGACAGACAGACAGACAGACAGAGAGAGAGACAGAGAGAGAGAGAGAGAGAGAGAGAGACAGAGAGAGAGAGAUAGAGAGACAGAGAGAGACAGAGAGAGAGAGAGAGAGAGAGAGAGAGAGAGAGAGAGAGAGAGAGAGAGAGAGAGAGAGAGAGAGAGAGAGAGAGAGAGAGACCAGACAGAGAGAGAGAGAGACAGAGAGAGAGAGAGAGAGAGAGAGAGAGAGAGAGAGACAGAGAGAGAGAGAGAGAGAGACAGAGAGAGAGAGAGAGACAGAGAGAGAGAGAGAGAGACAGAGAGAGAGAGAGAGAGAGAGAGAGAGAGAGAGAGAGAGAGAGAGAGAGAGAGAGAGAGAGAGAGAGAGAGAGAGAGAGAGAGAGAGAGAGAGAGAGAGAGAGACACAGAGAGAGAGAGACAGACAGACAGACAGAGAGAGACUGAAAAUUCUGGAGUGCCACUUGAAGCACCUCACGAGAGCCUUCCAAGUUGA